UGGAUCGAGAUUUCCGGUCCGUCGAUGUAACAGAACCGCAAGAAAUGAGUUCGGGGGAGUUAGUGGCUGUCGUCCUUCGGGCGGUGAACCGACUACUGCGUGAGCGCCGGCUCCAUGGAGCUCUGGCCGCCGUCAAGGGAUUCCGCAACGGGCUGGUGUAUGGAGCCAAAAUUCGAGCCCCGCAUGCUCUUGUGAUGACUCUGCUGUUUAAGAAAGGAAGUCUUCUAGACAAAGUGAAAGCCAUCACACUUGCCACCUAUACUCAUUCGCGAAACCUGGCCCUCUUUGUCUUCACCUACAAGUCUCUGUUGGCAGUUCAGCGCUGGUGGCAGAAUGAGAAGUCACAACUCCACUCAUUCCUGGCAGCUUGUGUUGGAGGCUGGUUGGUGUUCGGAGACAACAACCACAUCAACAGUCAGAUAAAUAUGUACCUGCUGUCCCGCGUUCUGUUUGGACUUUCUCGACUGACAGUCGAGAAGGGUUACUUCCCGGAGACAAAGCGGGACCCAUUCCCGCUGUUUGCUGCGUUGGUGUGGGGUCUCGUCCUGUGGCUGUUUGAGUACCACCCACACACACUGCAACCGUCACUCCAGUCAUCUAUGUCCUACCUUUACGAUGACAGCAAUAUUUGGCAUGAUUUAUCGGACUUUCUGGUUCACAACAAAAAGAGGACUGGUUAAUGAGGUGAAAAUCAAAGCAAAUCAGGACGGUACUUUCAGAUUUACUACAUUAAUUUUUUUCCUCUUCCUGAAGGCUUUACUUACUUGAUGCAAUUUACCAAUUGGCUCACGAGUCCAUCACCGUAGGGCUCAAGGUACUUCUGAUAGUUUGACACUUAUUACUCAUGUAUGUGUAGGUAAAUUACCUUUCCAAAGCAGAAAGGCUAAGCACAGAGCAAUACACACAAAAUGCUGGAGGAACUCAGCUGGUCAAAGUUCAAAGUGCAUAUAUGUCAUCAUGUACGAGUCGAAGAUUGAGUUUCCUGUGGGCAUUACCUUUUUUAACUUGGGUUCUUUCGUGUUUUUGUGGCUUGUCUGUUAAGCAGAAGAAGCUCAAGUUUGUAUAAUUUAUACAUAUUUUGAUAAUAAAAUGUACUUUGAACUUUGAAAUCGAUAAUAGAAUAAUAACCUUAAUAGAAUCAAUGAAAGACCACACCAAUUUGGGUAUUCGACCAUUGUGUAAAAGACAACAAACUGCACAAAUACACAAAGAGAAAAUAAAUAAAUGGAUAGAUUGAUAAGUAAAUAAAAUAAUAAAUAAGCAAGCAAUAGUUAUUGAGAACAUGAGAUGAAGAUUCCUUGAAAGUGAGUCCAUAGGUUGUGGAAACAUUUCAAUGAUGGGGCAAAUCAAGUUGAGUAAAUUGAUCCUCUUUGGUUGAGGGGUAAUAACUGUUCCUGAACCUAGCGGUGUGAGUCCUGAGGCUCUGUACAUUCUUGCCGAUAGGCAGCUGUGAGAAGAGAGCAUGUCCUGGGUGAGAGAUUGAAAUUGAGUGAGGUUGUUAUGUUGUCAGACAACAUCUAUGGAGUCAGUGAUUUGGGUCUGAUUUGCUGAGUUCUGAAUCUCUGUCCCACAAUCACCUAUCUUUCCCCCUCACCUGGUUUCACCUAUCACUUACCUUCUUCAUCAGCACUUUUCCUUUCCCCAACACCCCCACCCCCCACCUUCUUAUUCUGGCUUCUUCCUCCUUCCUUCCCAGUCUUGUUAAGAAACUCAGCCUGAAAUAUUGACUGUUUAUUCCUCUCCAUAGAUGCCGCCUGACCUGCUGAGUUGCUCCAGCAUUUGGUGUGUUACUUUGGACUUCCAGCAUCUGCAGAAUCUCUUGUGUUUCAAACUAAGCAUGCUUGACAAUGUACUUCCUUUCAGGAAUACUCUUACCAGUCUCACAUUCCCUCAUGCUAUAAUGGCUUAGAUUCAUACUUUAUUAAUGCUGCUGUAGGCAUCAUUUGGUGUCAACUAUGAUUGUAGCACUGGACAUAGAUUUUUUGUUUUAGUUUUUAUAUUAAGUUCAAAAUUCACAUGACCUACCUAGUGAUCUGGCAGAGGCUGGUGAGUUGGUGAGUAAUAUGGAGGCAGGGACGGGGUGGGGGUGGGGGGUCACUGGAGGCACUUCUCCCGACUGGUGUGUGUGUCUAAUCUUCAGGACUGUGUACAUCUACUGUAGUGAUCAGAGAGGUAGCUUGAUCUAAUUGGGAACUUCUUGCAUAUGUGCCUAAGGAAGUACAAGGGGGAGAAAUUCUGAGUGCAAAGUGGGCUCUCCACCGGCAUAUUUCCCUGCUACCAUCCUACACAGAUUUUGUUGCUGUUCCUAGUCUUAGUGAAACCAUUCUACCAACUGGAAGAAGCUGGUUUACGGCUCUUGUACAAUUGCAACAUGAUGCCCCAAGUCCUAUAUUCUGCAUCCUGUCUGCUGAAGGCCAGCGUGCAAUUCUCUUCGUCCCCCUGUGACACCAGAUAAGUAGACUAUGUAUGUGUACUCCCAUGCCCCUUGGUUCUCCAAGGCCUUCCUGUUCACUGUGAAAGGCCUAGCUUGGGUUGACUUCGACACGAACCUCCUGAAGUAUUUCACAGAAGUCCUUCAGAGACAGUUGGUUAUAAUUGAAACUUGAGAAACUGAAGUCAGUGUUAAAAUUGAU